CACCGCCUUCAUGAGGCAACAUUGUCUCGGUAAAAAGCUCUGAUCCAGCGUGGCACUAUUUUUUUCCUUUACGCAAAAACUAACCAAAAAACUCCGUUUUCAGCAGAGAAGACUCUGGUCUUUUUGGACUAAGCAGCAACUGGAGGAACUCUUAUGUGAUCCACCCGAGGACUAGCGGGGUAACUUCAGUAGAAAAGUGACAUUUUGGUGGAUUUCUCGACGCGACCGGGUCCCGCUCGGCGCUGAUCAGAGAGGCUCGACUCCAGCCCAACCGUCCUGACAUGGACACAGCGAUCAUACCUGAAAAGAAAAGGGUGAGUUCGGAGCGCAGGAAGGAGAAAUCGAGGGACGCGGCGCGAUGCCGGCGCGGGAAGGAGUCGGAGGUUUUCUACGAGUUGGCCAAGCAGCUGCCCAUCCCCCACAGCACCAGCUCCAACCUGGACAAGGCCUCCGUCAUGAGGCUGACCAUCAGCCACCUGCGCUUGCGGAAGCUGCUCUGCAUCGAUGAGCCAGUGGCAGAGGAGAAUACAGAACUGGAUAUCCAGCUAACCGGCUCCUACCUGAAGGCUUUAGACGGCUUCCUGGUGGUUCUGUCUGAAGACGGCGAUAUGAUCUACAUCUCAGAAAACGUCAACAAGUGCCUCGGCCUGGCGCAGUUUGACCUGAUUGGACACAGCAUGUUUGACUUCACGCAUCCCUGCGACCAGGAGGAGCUGAGAGAGAUGCUGGUCUACAGAAACGGCUCCAAGAAAGUCAAGGAGCCGAGUACGGAGCGCAGCUUCUUUCUGCGGAUGAAAUGCACGCUGACGAGCCGGGGGCGCACCGUCAACGUAAAGUCCGCCACCUGGAAGGUGCUGCAUUGUUCGGGCCACGUGCGCAUUCACAGCAGCGAGCAGAGCGCCGACGGCCACAAGGAGCCGCCGGUCCCAUACCUGGUUCUGAUUUGCGACCCGAUCCCUCACCCCUCCAACAUUGAGGUUCCUCUGGACACCAAGACCUUCCUCAGCCGCCACACGAUGGACAUGAAGUUCACGUACUGCGACGAGAGGAUCACUGAGCUCAUGGGUUACGAUCCAGAGGACCUGCUGAACCGUUCUGUGUACGAGUAUUACCACGCUCUGGACUCGGACUAUCUCACAAAGACUCACCAUCACUUGUUUGCGAAGGGCCAGGUCACCACAGGUCAGUACCGGAUGCUGGCGAAAAGAGGCGGCUUUGUGUGGGUCGAAACUCAGGCCACCGUCAUCUACAACAACAAGAACUCGCAGCCUCAGUGCGUCGUCUGCGUCAACUUUGUGCUCAGCGGGAUCCAGGAGGAGAAACUGAUCCUUUCUUUGGAGCAGACGCAGGAGAUGAAGCCGGUGAAGAAAGAGGAGGAGAAGGAGGAGCAGGAUGAAGUCGAGGCUGAAGUGAAGAAGAGCGAGGCCAUCCAGGCGGACGAUGAGGAAGAGGAGGAGACCCCGGAUCAGAAGCUGCACCUGAACUUCCAGGAUCUGGUGAUCAAGCAGCAAGAGCAGGAUUGUCUUUACAACCUGCUGAAGGGGCAUCCAGACGCCCUGAUGCUGCUGGCGCCGGCAGCCGGAGACACCAUCAUCUCCCUGGACUUCAGCCGCCCCGGCACAGAGUCAGAGACUCACCUGCUGAAGGACGUCCCUCUCUACAACGACGUGAUGCUGCCCUCUUCUGGCGACAAGCUGCCGCUGUCUCCUCUGGCGCCCACCGAGCCGCUGGAGCCCGCCAGCAGCCCCGCCGAGGAGGCAAAACCCGACAGCUUUGCUCCGGCUCUGUCCUCUAAACCCCCCAACAAACCCGCAGAAGUCGACAAUCCUCUGGGCUUCUCUUUCCCCGUGGACACAGAUAUGAACUCUGAUUUUAAACUGGACCUGGUGGAGAAGCUGUUUGCCAUCGACCCAGAACCCAAAACUCCCUUCAACGCAGAGGACUCUGAGCUGGAGAUGUUCGCGCCGUACAUCUCCAUGGACGACGACUUCCAGCUGCCCUGCCUCGGCCCUGACCAGCCUCUGCCCUGUGGACCAGUCAAAGCCCCGGAGAGCUGCCCGGUCCUCGUCACGCCGGACGUCCACAGCCAUCCCAGCUCUCCGUUCAGCGCGCCACAGAGCCGCACGGCUUCUCCGGCUCCUCCAGAACCCGUCGGCACGCCGCCUCCUGCCACCGUGAAGGCAAACGGGGUCGAACAGCCGGAGAAGGAGGUUCCUCUCAGGAAUCUGGCUGCUCAGAACAUCCGGCGGAAAAGAAAGCUGAGCGAACUGAAGGAGAUCAUUGAACAGGGAUCUUUGACCCCAGAGCCUGAGAAGGGCAAAAAGCUGAAGGCGACAGAGCCGGGAGCAACCAGGACCAUUCUUCUUCUGCCUUCAGAUCUGGCCAGCCGACUGCUGGGCACCACCUCGGACGGCGGCGGCGCCCUCGUCUCGCUGCCGCAGCUCACCAGCUACGACUGCGAGGUCAACGCCCCCUUGCAGGGCCGCCAGUACCUGCUGCAGGGGGAGGAGCUUCUGCGCGCUCUGGACCACGUCAUCUGAGCCAGGACUUCACUUCUGGACUAGACUGGACACUACAAUUAUGCCCUCACAUUGUGACUCUUCUUUUUGCCCUUUGACCCCCCACUGCCAUUUAUUUAUGUGUCUGUUGGAGUUUGACUUUAGUCCGGCUGCUGUUUGUGCACCUUACGUGAUUUUUGCAGCAUUCCACGGCGACGGCAGCAUCUUGGUUUCAGUUCGAGAGAUUGUCAGACGUCAACUCGCUCUCAUUUCUUCCUCUUCCUCCGGGGAGUCUCUCCACACAUGGCGCCUUCACCGAUGACCCCUCUCCAGCGGGUCGCCAGAGCCUGGCGCUACUGCCAGCAGUGUAUUGUAAGCUUCAGUCGCACAACUUAUAUUUUCUUAAAAAGAAAAAAUAUUACCAGCAAUAUAUAUUAAGCCUUUUUAAAGUAGACGUAGAUCUAAUGAAAAAUGUUAUUUUUAUUUCUUCCCAGACUUGUAUGUUGUACUACCAAAACUGACGUCUUUAGUCCUUCAGUCUGCACUGCAAAAACACUAAAUCAAAGUAUUUUUUUGUCUCAUUUUUAGUGUAAACAUCUUAGUUUUGCCUUAUUUCAAGUUUACUAACUUGCAAGUGAAUGUUCAGUAAGAUAUAGGAAAGAUAUAGGAACUUUAAUUUCCUGAGGGAGUCUUCCCAAGGGAUCAAUAAAGUACAAGUCUAGUCUGAAAUCGUUUUAAUUUAAUCCCUUAAUAUUGAUAAAAAUUACCUGUUUCAUUGGCAGAUUAUUUCACUUAUUACAAGAGAAAUAAUCUGCUUUUUAUCAAUAUUAUGUAGUAGAAUUAAAACGAGCUCCUUCAUCUUGGUGAAAAGUUAUUUGUAAGUUAAUUUUCUUAAUUUAAGCGAACUAAGAUAUUUGCAGAAAAAAUAGUUUUUGCAGUGAUCGUGUCUUUCUGAACCUGAACUGGGUUGAAUGUUCUCCAUUUUAAUGGCCGUCUGUGAGCUAAUUACAUGUAACCGUGUAGCAGUACAUGUCACUUUAUUACUUUACUGUAAGUGUGUGUGUGUGUGUUGCUGUACAUACGACGGGGAAAUUUACAUUUUACUCACUUUUUUCACUAAUUUCCCUCAUGCAGGAUUGGGAUUAUUUUGUUCUACAUGAACAGACUUCAUGUUUCGAUGCCGAGUCUGAGGAACUCGGCGGUUCGAAUCGGUGCGAUUUCUCCUGUUUUUCUUUCCUUGUGUAAUCGUCAUCGUGACAGUUGUGACCAGACAGGCUUAUUUGCGCUGUUGAAUGGUAGUUUAAAUACCGUUCUUCCUUGCCAUAGUGUUGAGUCUCUCAUGCUUCGUUUUUGCUGUUUAACAAUAAAUGGCUUUAAUAAUACAAAAAAA